GAUGAUAACGUGAGUUUCAACGAAAUCCAAAAUAUAUAACCAAUAUUGAUCAGAUCUACACCCUUUUAUUUGGCUUGUAAUUUGUAAAUGAUUGGGUUUCAACAAUACUGAAAAUGGUCUGUUCUUGUUCUUCUUGUUUGAAGGCCAUUUUUGCAAGGCUAUGUUUGCUUUUGCUCCUGUCAAACAACUCUUAUGCCCAGCUUUCUCCAGAUUUCUACGCUGAAACUUGUCCGAAAGUACUCGUUACUGUAAGAUCGGUACUUCGAGAUGCCGUAGCAAAAGAACCGCGUAUGGGUGCUUCUCUUCUUCGAUUGCACUUUCAUGAUUGUUUUGUCAACGGAUGUGAUGCAUCGGUUCUCUUAGAUGACACUCCUACUUUUGUUGGAGAAAAAACCGCAGUUGCUAAUAACAAUUCUUUGAGAGGAUACGAAGUCGUCGAUGCCAUAAAAGUCAAGUUAGAGGAAGUAUGUCCCGGUAUUGUUUCAUGUGCUGAUAUUUUAGCAAUUGCAGCUCGUGACUCGGUUGUACUUCUCGGAGGGCCUAACUGGAUUGUUAAACUAGGAAGAAGGGAUUCAAAGACAGCUAGUCUUGCAUCUGCUAACAGUGGUGUAAUCCCUCCUCCAUCCGCUACACUUAAUCAACUCAUCAAUAGGUUUCAAGCUCAAGGACUCUCACCUACGGACUUAAUUGCCUUAACUGGUGGACACACGAUUGGAAAAAUAAGAUGUGUACUUUUCAGAGAUCGUAUUUACAAUGAA